AUGCCGUCAGCAACUCAAAAAGACCAAAUUGCCCUCGUCCCUUGGGACCCCGCCUCGGCCCAGCACGUGAAAAGACUGUACGAACAGAGAGUGCAAUGUGGUUGGGAUAAACAGCGAGUUGAAGGGUGGAGAGAGAAGCAAACUACAGGACGAAAGUGUAUCUUCUGGAUCACGCUCCCUGAGGACCGCGAAUUGCUUCAACUUCAUUUGGAUGCAUUCCCUUCUGAGCGAGAACCGCUAGUUGAUACAGCCGCAACUCUCAGAGCAAAGCCACGAACACCAUCGCAAACAAAGAAAUUCUACCCAAUCGGUCACAUUUCACUGGACGACACCAAUGAGAAGCCCUGUGAUGUUCUUGAUCUUCCCAAGGAAGGCGUUUAUUGGAUCAAGACCUUUUACAUCUCCAAGGCACUACGAAGCAAGGGUAUUGGUAGAGCGGCGAUGGAUCUAGUGGAAUCCAUGGCGAUUGAUUACCCGCUAUGCGCCAAGACAUUGGCACUCGAUACUGCUCAGAAGGAUAUGCAGAAGAAGAUUCACAAGGAGAAAACAGGAACAGAGCUAGGUUCUACUAACCAGGAUUGGUAUGAGCGACGCGGUUACAGGCUAAUUCAUUCGGAACCCGCAUUCUAUUUAGACGACGACGAACCCCCAGUAGACGCCGUUUUCUUGAGAAGGGAUAUUGCGUAG